GUGCCCUCUCACUCUGUCUCGACCACAGAGUGUAAAUAGAAAAAUAAAAAGUUCCCUGGUGGUGUAGUGCUCUCUUGUGUCACAAUCCCAUUUCCAUUUCCAUUUUCAAAUUCAAUUUCCAUUCCACUUUCUGGAUCUCAUUGCUUUGAGAUUCGCAUUUCCAAGAUGAUGUCCACCGGUGACCUUCUCAACAUCGAACCCGUCGAACUCAAGUUCACAUUUGAGCUCAAGAAGCAGAUCUCUUCUUCUCUUCAAUUAUCAAAUAAGACUGAUACCUAUGUAGCUUUCAAGGUAAAAACGACUAAUCCUAAGAAGUAUUGUGUUCGUCCAAACACCGGAGUUGUUUUGCCACGAUCUACAUGUGAUGUUAUAGUUACCAUGCAAGCGCAAAAGGAAUCUCCACCUGAUAUGCAAUGCAAAGAUAAGUUUCUUCUUCAAAGCGUAAGAGUAAAUGAUGGAGUCGACCCAAAGGAGAUUACUGCCGAAAUGUUCAACAAGGAAGCAGGGCAUGUGGUUGAGGAGUGCAAAUUGAAAGUGGUGUAUGUUGCUCCAACUCAACCUCCGUCUCCUGUUCCAGAAGGUUCUGAGGAAGGAUCAUCACCUAGAGGUUCUGCUUCUGAAAAUGGUGCUGACUCCGCAACGACUAUGAGAGCAUUUACCGAACAAAACGAGUCUGCAGAGGCAAAAGCUCUUAUGUCAAGGCUGACUGAAGAAAAGAAUAAUGCUAUUCAACAAAAUAACAAGCUUCGUCAGGAACUGGACCUGCUGAAACGUGAAAGCAGCAAAAGUCGUGGGGGUGCCUCAAUGAUCUUUGUCAUAUUAAUUGGUUUACUUGGCAUAAUCAUGGGGUACCUGUUGAAGAAGACCUAAGCUUUUUCAGCAUUCAAUCUUUCAUCACACUUAGUUUCCCUAUCCUGAUGACUAUUCAAUUCAAGAAAUGAUGACGAAAGGAAAAAUAGGUUAAGUUAGAGUGUUUUUUUUGGGAGGGUCGUUAGCAAUUUGGACGUAGAAACAUUAGUUGAAAGUGUGGGUCGGUUGCUUGAUGAGCAUAUUAUUGUGAAUUGACUCAUGCUUUCAGUAACAAGCAUUCUUUUUGUAUGUUAUGGGAAAUUUGUUGUUUUGUGCGGUUCAUUUUAUGGAGCUAAUGAAAGACCACUAGUAAAAUGCAAAGUAAGAAUAUUGCAGUUUUUCGAUGUCCA